AUGGCAUCCCCAGUCGACGCCAUCACGCACGUUGUGCUGGUCCAGGUCAAGCCGGACAUUUCGGCUGUCGAACGAAGAUCGGCCUUCGAGGAAUUCUAUGCCCUGAAGAACAAGUGCCUCAACGCAGAAGGAAAGCCCUACAUCAAGUCGAUCAUUGGCGGCAAGGACAACAGCCCCGAGGGUCUCCAGGACGGCAUCACCCACGUCUUCAUCGUUGAGUUUGAGAAGUCGGCAGAUCGGGAUUACUAUGUCAAAGACGACGCGGCGCACAAGGCCUUUGUCGAGACUCUGAAGGGCACUGUUGUCAAGGUGCAGGUUGUGGACUUUACGCCCUACCGGCUGUGA